AUGGGGAUCACCGUUGAUGAACAGAACCAUGCUUCACGCUCGCACGAGCCUAUUGCCAUCGUGGGCAUGGCCAUGCGGCUACCUGGCAGAGUAAACGACAGCGAGUCCUUUUGGCGGAUGCUAAUUGAGAAGCGAAGUGGGCUCUGUGACGUGCCGAAGGACAGGUAUCACCUGGACGCCUUCCACGAUCCGCAUGGCAAGCCGGGAACGGUGCGCAUGCGGCAGGGGUACUUUCUAGACGACGUUGAUGUCCGCCAAUUCGAUAGCAAUGUGUUUUCCAGCCCCAAGAAAGAGCUGGAACGGCUGGAUCCGCAGCAGCGCCAACUCCUGGAAGUCUCGUAUGAGUGCCUGGAGAAUGCGGGAUGCACCCUGUGGCGGGGUCGAAAGAUCGGCUGCUACGUCGGCGUUUUUGGCCAGGACUGGUUGGACUUGAAUGCCAAGGAGACACAGCAUAUGGGUGCCUAUCGCGUUACGGGUUAUGAUGACUUUGUGCUGGGAAAUCGUAUUUCGUACGAGUUUGAUCUCCGCGGCCCUAGCAUGACUAUUAAGACUGGAUGCUCCUCUUCAUUGGUAUGCCUCGAUCUCGCCUGUAAGGCGCUGCGCGACGGUGACUGUGAGGGUGCAUUGGUUGGUGGAACGAGCUUGAUCUUUUCGCCUACCAUGAGCCUGGCACUUAGUGAUCAAGGUGUGCUAUCGCCGACUGGAACGUGCAAGACCUUUGAUGCAUCUGCCGAUGGUUACGGGCGUGGGGAAGCAAUCAACUCUAUCUACAUCAAAACCUUACGACAGGCCAUACAGGACAGAGAUCCCAUCAGGGCAGUCAUCCGAGGUACAAGCGUUAAUUGCGAUGGUCAGACCCAGGGAAUGCUCACCCCGAGCCCAACCGCGCAAGAGGCACUGAUGCGCCGUGCGUACGAGAUGGCCGGUAUUGCUGACCUCGGCCAGACGGCCAUGAUCGAAUGCCACGGUACUGGCACCUCCGUGGGGGAUCCUCUCGAGACCACUGCCGUGGCCAAGUGCUUUGGCGAGACUGGUAUAAUCAUUACCUCGGUCAAACCUAACGUCGGCCACUCUGAGGGGGCGGCCGGCUUGACGGGUCUCAUAAAAGGAGUUUUGGCACUGGAACACCGUCAAGUGCCGCCUAACAUCCACUUUUCCGAACCAAACCCCGACAUCCCCUUUAAGACCGGCAAGCUGCACGUCCCCGUGGAGGUUGAGCCAUGGCCUGCGGACCGUGCCGAGCGAGUCAGCGUCAAUUCCUUCGGCAUCGGCGGUGUCAAUGCCCAUGUUAUUCUCGAAUCACCCCGCCAAUGCGGGGUCGUCGAUCAGAUGUCACGCCCCGACCCUGUUCUUCGGGAAGAGGACGCCCAUUUGCUGAUCUUCUCCGCCCAUAGCGCAGCCUCCCUGCAGUCCUCCAUUGCCGCACAUCAAGCGUACGUUGAGCAAGGUCAUGCCUCCUUGCAGGAUGUGGCAUACACGCUCGCCAAUCGCCGGUCCCAUCACACCUAUCGCGCUUAUGCGGUUGCAGGCGACAAAAAGUCCUGGAAUGUGUCAACAGCUGAAGCUGCCAGUUUGCCUCCACGCAUUGCGUGGGUAUUCACGGGACAGGGAGCACAAUGGCCGCAGAUGGGGGCAGAGCUUCUGGAGGUAAAUGCCACCUUUCGGGACACAGUUCAGAAGUUGGACCGGUUCUUACGCACACUACCCAGUCCACCACCAUGGACCAUCGAAGCGGAGCUACGCAAACCAGACACGAUCAGUCGAAUUCAUGAAGCCGUCAUGGGCCACCCCCUGUCCAUUGCCCUCCAGAUUGGGAUUAUUGAUGUGCUACGGUCCUGGGGCAUCGUCCCCACGGCUGUGCUGGGCCACUCAUCGGGGGAGAUGGCAGCUGCAUAUGCUUCCGGUGCCAUCACUGCCGAGGAGGCGAUGGCUGCAGCCACCUUUCGAGGUGCGAGCCACGACACCUCCUCGCGCAAAGGAGCCAUGGCGGCCAUCGGCCUCGGCCCCAAAGAAGUGCGGCCCCUACUCCAACAAGGAGUUGUGAUUGCUUGUGAAAACAGUCAUCAGAGCGUGACGAUCUCAGGAGAUACCGAACGCGUCGAGGAGGUGGUGCGUCGUAUUCAAGAGGAGCAACCGGGGACUUUCGCUCGAUUCUUACGUGUGGAGAAGGCUUUCCAUUCUCACCGUAUGCAGGAGUAUGGACCUCACUACGAAGAGCAUCUCCAGCCAUUUCUUCAAAGCAAGUGCCCCGAGGUCCCCUUCUACUCGACGGUCACGGGAGACAGGUUAUCCGGAGAUGGCUUAGGCGCCACUUACUGGCGUCAGAAUAUGGAAAGCCCGGUGCUGUUUAAUGCCUGCCUUCGCUCCGUCUUACGGGACUACCCUGAAAAGCUUAUUUUCGUCGAAAUCGGACCACACCCUGCCCUUAAAGGACCUAUCCGACAGAUCCUUCAUGACGUCCAACGACCCGACAUCGGGCACGUGGGAACCCUCCAACGAUCCCAACAAUGCCAGGAAAGCCUCCUGCAGUGUGCAGGCAUGCUGUCUCAGCACAAUGUUUCUCUUGACCUCGCAAGGGUCUGCCCCCCGGGUCAGUGUGUCACGGACCUGCCCCGUUAUGCCUGGCAAAAAGACGUGUCCCACUGGGCCGAGCCCCGCCUGGCCCGCGACUGGCGCUUUCGAGCAUAUCCGCCGCACGAACUUCUGGGAAGCCGGGUAAUUGAAAUGGGCCAUGAGCCGUCAUGGAGGAAUGUACUGGCAUUGGAACAUAUUCCUUGGUUGGAAGGCCAUCGUGUCAGUGAUCACGCGGUGUUUCCUGCGGCAGGUUAUGUUUCUAUGAUCGGGGAGGCUCUGCUUCAGUUAGAAGGCGAGCCAGCUUACUCGCUUAGAAACAUCAGCAUCAGUACAGCAUUGACGUUGCAAACGGAAGGGUCGACAGAGAUCCUCACAAGCCUCCGCCCAAUAUCAAUGGACUCAUCGGAGGCGUCUCCAUGGUAUUCAUUCAGCAUUAGCUCCUUUGAUGGAACCCGCUGGGUGCGAAACUGCUACGGUGAGGCUAGAGCGUCCGUGGAUAAAACUGUAGUUAGGAACGUGGACGAGUCAGCGGCACCAUUUCCUCGGCUAGUUGACCAAAGAACUUGGUAUAAUGUCCUGCGUCAGGUGGGCUUGGAUUACACUGGGGCAUUCCGUGGUCUGCAAUCCAUCUCAGCUGCGACAGUGGACAACAGAGCCACUGCGACCGUCCCAUGGCAGAACAUCCACGGAAGUGCACAUUAUGCGUUAUUCACCGUGUCUGUCUGUCGCGGCCAGGCACGGAAAUACCGUCAUCCCGCCGUCCCAACCUUCAUCGAAGAGAUGGUCAUUAUUCCCACCAAGGGUAGUGUAGAGGUGUAUUCCUAUAUCCCUACAUCUGAGGGAGGAUCAUACGUUGGCGAGCUUGUUGCCCAAGCAGCAGGCGAGCUUGUCCUCUCAGUGAAAGGCUUCAAGGCCUCUGCCCUCACUGCAGCGAGUCCUGUCUCGGAAGAUGUACCGCUAAUAACCCAGUUGGAGUGGAAACGAGACGCCGACUUCGCCGAUUUGGCCCAAUUGAUGUACCCCCGUACGCACUGUCCUUCCGAAUGGGCUCUACUGGAGGAACUUGUUCUUUUAUGUAUGCUGGAGCACCAGGGCCAGUUACAGCUCGACGAGCAGACCCCCGAGCAUCUCCGGGUGUUCUUUGCCUGGCAAAAGACUCAGCUAGACCGAUACAGGAGAGGGUCGAACAUUUUGGUGCCUGCAGAUCUUGAGCUCGAAAGAAUGAGCCGUGCCAAUCGUCUGGCUCGCGUGGAUGCCCUAGUGGCCCAAGUGAAGGCCUCGCCAUAUGCAGUCUUCGCCACCGCGGUACAUCGCCUUUUCAUGGCCGCUCCAACUAUCUUCACCGGUGAAGCCCAUCCGUUACAAGUCCUCCGACAAGACCAAAUAUUUGAGGAGCUUUGUGUUAUCACGGACACUCUAGAAUACGCAGAUGCGGUGGCGCUCUUAGGUCAUAGCUACCCCGUCAUGCGUGUCCUGGAGGUCAGCGCUGGGACAGGCGGAAGUACCCGGAAGGUCCUCCAGGCACUUACCUCAUCCAAUGGCGAGCGCUUGUACAGCAGCUAUACCUAUAGCGAUGUUUCACCGGGAUUCUUAACUACAGCACAGGAGCAGUUCGCUGACCGCGAGGGCAUGACAUAUGUUGUCUUGGAUAUCACGCGAGACCCUGAAACCCAGGGCCUCGAGCUGGGGCAGUACGAUCUAAUCGUUGCUAGUAAUGUUGUGCAUGCCACGCCGUGUUUGCAGACAUCUCUACGACACCUCCGCAGUCUGCUAAGCCCCAGAGGUCGUCUCUUCUUGCAUGAGCUCUGCCCCGAGGCCAAGUUUUAUGAUUAUGUUAUGGGAUAUUUACCUGGGUGGUGGGUUGGACGGGCGGACAAUCGCCUGGAUCAGCCAUAUGUUUCACCGGACCGAUGGACCCAGGAACUGAUAGCCGCGGGCUUUGAGGAGCCUGAUGCCGUUGUGCUUGAUGGGGUUGCUCCAUAUCAUAGCAACGCAGGCAUGAUCGUUUCAACGGCCCGUCCGCGAACAAUUCCCUCUCGGCGCCUGCAUGACCGAAAAAUGUCCGUGGACAUCUGCACCCUAGGCGAGCCUCUGCCCCCCACGCAGGAUGUAAUAUCUGUGCUAGACCUGCAAGAGCCUACAAUCCACGCCAUGUCAGCGUCAACGUUUAAGGUAAUACUGGAAUACUUACAAACAUUCAAAGAGCAGAUGCUGUGGGUCACUCAUGCGUCACAGGUGAAAUGCAAAGAUCCCAGAGCUUCCAUGAUACUGGGACUGGCGCGCACCGCCCGCAAUGAGUUGUCGGCUAGGCUGACGACGGUGGAGGUGGACAACGUGACUUCAAGCUCAACUGCAGCGGAUUUGACGAUCAGAAUUCUCCUCCGUAGUCCCCUUUCUGACCUUGGGCCUGAUUCCAUGAAUCCGGAUUGGGAAUUUGCCAUCGUGGACGGGGAUGUUUUGGUGCCCCGUGCACAUUGGACUAAUAUCUCCGAGGCCUUUUCGCAUCUCCGCACCUCGGCCACCUCGACGCGGAAACAGCUCGCUAUUGAGACGCCGGGCUUGCUUCAUACUGUGGGGUGGACGGAGAAUGAUAUUGGCAGCUUAGCAGAUGACGAGGUCCUCGUUGAGACCAAAGCAGUCGGCUUGAACUUUCGUGAUGUGCUGAUUGGUCUGGGGGUGCUUGACAACAGCGCUAGAGAGGUGAGACUUGAAGGCGCGGGUAUAAUACGAGCCGUCGGUGCCCAGGUCAAAACUCUCUCUGUCGGUGACCAUGUAAUGUAUAUGUCCAGUGGGUGCUUCGCUACCCAUGUAACCUUACCACAGGCUAUCUGCGUCCGAAUGGAUGGGACUAUGUCCUUUGAGAUGGCGGCAUCGCUGCCGUGUGUAUUCACUACAGCUGCCAUGGCUCUGGUGGAUAAGGCAAGACUGGGGAAGGGUCAGUCCGUUCUGAUCCAUUCUGCCUGCGGUGGAGUCGGCUUGGCUGCGAUUCAAAUCGCCCAGAUGAUAGGAGCACAGGUCUACUGCACAGUCGGGAGUGAGGAGAAGGUACAGUAUCUGAUCGACCAUUAUCACAUUCCGCACGAGAACAUCUUUCAUUCCCGAGAUGCAUCCUUCCAACGGGACAUCAUGACGGCCACCAGAAAUCGUGGUGUUGAUGUGGUGCUCAAUUCCUUGUCCGGGGAGCUAUUGCUGGCCUCAUGGAAAUGUGUCGCCGAGUUUGGGACCAUGGUCGAGAUCGGCAAACGAGACUUCCGCCGCCGUGCGAAGCUUUCCAUGGAGGCGUUCGAGGCUAAUCGAACAUUUGUUGGGCUUGACCUCUGGCAGCUAUCUCAACUACGGCCCCGGCAAGCCGCUGAGCUCCUAGAGCGUUGUGCGGACUGGAUACGGUCUGGGGCCAUCUCCUUAGAUGCCCCGGCCAACAUCUUCCCGGCCAACCGAAUCCAAGAUGCCUUCAGAUUCAUGCAGGCCGGUCGAAACAUUGGAAAAAUUAUUAUCACUAUGCCUGAUGACCCCAUUGAUCUUGGAUCAGUGCCUAAGAAACCCUCCAUCACUCUGCGGCCCGACCGCAGCUACCUUCUUGUGGGUGGGCUGGGGGGGCUGGGCCGCGCGGUAGCUUCCUGGAUGGUCGAGAUCGGGGCCCGACAUCUCAUCUUCCUCUCCCGCUCCGCUGGCCAGCUCCCUGAGACUGUCCAGUUUGCAGCUGAGCUUCGCUCCCAGGGAUGUGAGGUCCAGUUGAUUACAGGCAGCGUAUCUGAGACAGAUGAUGUCCAUAAAGCAGUUACUGCAGCGACUAUGCCAGUGGCUGGCGUUAUAAACAUGUCGAUGAUCCUGAAGGAUGUAUCACUGGUGGACAUGAACUUCUCCGACUGGACUAGCGUGGUAAAUCCCAAGGUUCAGGGGACCUGGAAUUUGCACCAUGCCACCUCUGCUCACCUGGACUUCUUUAUCCUAUUCUCUUCGUAUAGUGGGAUUGCUGGUCAAUGGGGACAAGCAAACUAUGCGGCCGCCAACACCUUUCUAGAUGCUUUUGUGCAAUAUCGACAUCAAAAGGGCCUGCCAGCAUCGGUGAUAGAUGUCGGCGUUAUGGGUGAGGUGGGGUUUGUAUCACAGAAUGAGGCUCUAUUCGAUCGCUUCACAAAGAGUGGUAUGCAUAUUCUGAAGGAGCACGACCUUCUGGAUGCAAUGGUUCUUGCCAUCGCACGAUCAGCUCCUGAUCCCACCGGAGCCCAGGCCGGGGCGUACUGCAAUGCCAGUCAGAUUCUACUGGGUGUACACACUACCGUUCCCAUAUCGACCCGCUCCAGCCGAGUAGCCUGGAAGAACGACAUUCGGAUGAGCAUCUAUCAUAAUAUCCAUGGGGGCAGCGAGGUAUCCCCAGCUGGAACCUCAGAUCAGAACAGUCUCCGGGGAUUUCUUGCUGCAUGUGGCUCUCGACCCGAGAUCCUGGAAGAAGAAGAAGCCACAACAAGGAUUGCGCAGGCAUUGGGCUUGGCGCUAGCAAACUUUCUCCUGCGCGAUGCUCAGAGCAUCAGUGCCCAUGAUUCCCUUCCUGCGCUAGGGGUCGACUCUCUUGUGGCCAUGGAGGUCCGAAACUGGAUUCGGCAACAGCUCGAUGUGGAUGUCAGUGUCUUUGUGCUCCUGCAAAGCCUGUCGCUACUGCAUGUAGCUGAUCACCUGCGCCUGGCCCUCAAUGCUCGCAUGGCGGCCAACGGGCCUACCGCCGUCGAGGCAUAGUAGAUGCACCAUGUAGUCCCGAUACAGCCGACAGGUAAUCCCAAUCCCCCGUGCGUUGAAUUUGCCCGAGACCGCGGGCCCUGCUGAUUGGGGACACUGUAGGCCUCUAGGGGUGCUACCUUCGAAAUAGGAGCAGGGUUGAUGCGCAGAGCGGGGACGACUGGAUGGUGGCUUGGUACUUCAGGGCGCGAACGAGGGAUUCACCUUCGUCGGGCCAGUAGACUUAAGAGGCCCACAGAAAAAUAUCCAUAUAUUCAAAUCGUGCAUAAAUGUUCACAGAUGACCACGCAAGGCCUUUCCAGUCCAAGUUCAACAGAAAGUAUAUGCGAG